GCGCUGAUCAACUCUUUGUCCGUGCCGGUCACAGCUGUGACUACCCCUCUGUUGCUGCUCUCAUCGUUCGUCCUGGCCAAAAUCUGCCAGUCGGCUUUCACUGAGCUGCGUGGGAUCAUUUUCGCCAAUGUAUCUCAGGAUGCGUGUCGACGCAUAGCACGGAAAGCUUUCGAGCACGUCCACACUCUAGAUGUUAGCUUCCUCAUCGGUUCCCGCAGUGGGGAGGUCCAGGCCAUCAUAUCGAGAUCAUUGCGGUCCGUAACGAGCAUGCUGAAUAUGAUGCUAUUCAAUAUGAUACCAACAGCUCUCGAGUUCUCCCUGGUGCUAUGGAUUCUCGCCACCCAUGCUGGAAUACCAGCAGCUUUGAUCACUACAGCGACCAUGGCCGCCUAUGUUGGAUUCACAACUCACUAUACCACGAAGCGGAAUGAGUAUCGCCGGAAGAUGAACAUGGCCGAAAAUGAAGCAAAUGCUCGUCUAUUGGAUUCCGUCAUAAACGCCGAGUCUGUGAGGUUCUUCGCAAACGAGAAGAGAGAGGCGGACCUGUACGACCAGUCCCUGGCUAGAUAUGAGUGA